UAACUGAUGGGGACAGAUGCAGCAGUGGGCAGCAAUUCAUUUUAAAAAAAGAGUUCCAUGCCUUUCCUCUUUAGCAUCCCAGCGUUUCCAAUUGCCUGCUGUGUAGUUUUAUUGACGUUAAGCUCUCCUCUUGUUACGCUGGCUGCUGGCACUUGGUUUGUUUGCAGGGUCCAGCACAGCAUAUACGUCACACACAGGCUGAACUGUGUUACUAGUUUGUGUUUAUAUGAUGGUGUGGUAGUGUGGGUAGCAAGAUAAAACACGCUGAGACUGAAGAGCACUCUUUGCGAAGCACCAUCAUGUUUUUUGUGCAUUUCACAGGACUAAACCACCUGCCCUUUGACCCUGGCAAUAGCAAACCUCUGCCAUUCAAUAGCAGGGACAGCCCUGCUGAAAAUGGAGGCGAGGCAAGCCAGAAACGGAAGAGGAUAAAUUUGCCUACAGACAGCAUCCCACAUCUGAGUCUAGAGUCUCCUCCAAUGGAUUUGGGCAUGUCAGACCCAACAGCCUGGACCACUGCAAUGAAUAACUUGGGGAUGGCACCAAUGGGAAUAACAGGAGAUCCUCUUUUGCCUGACUUCGACCCUGCCCUUGGAAUGAUGACUGGGAUCCCACCAAUCAGUCCCUUGAUGCCUGGCUUGGAAAUAGUGCCACCACCAGUGAUUAAGGAGAUCAUUCAUUGCAAAAGUUGCACACUCUUCCCACCUAACUCAAAUCUCCCUCCUCCCACCACAAGGGAAAGACCUCCAGGAUGCAAGACGGUAUUUGUUGGAGGACUGCCGGAAAAUGCAACAGAAGAGACUGUUGUGGAGAUUUUUGAGCAGUGUGGAGAGAUCUUAGCUCUUCGGAAGAGCAAAAAGCACUUCUGCCACAUCCGUUUUUCUGACGAAUACAUGGUGGACAAGGCUAUUUAUUUGUCUGGUUAUCGCAUCAGGCUGGGCUCCAGCACUGAUAAAAAGGACACAGGGCGCCUGCACGUGGAUUUUGCUCAAGCCCGGGAUGAUUUCUACGAGUGGGAAUGCAAGCAGCGGAUGCUGGCACGGGAAGAGCGCCAUCGCAGAAGGAUGGCAGAAAAACAGUUCCACCCUCCCUCCCCGCCUCCUGUUGUCCACUAUUCAUAUUAUGAGUGCAGUAUUGUUGCUGAGAAGCUAAAAGAUGAUUCAAAGUUUUUGGAAGCGGUGCAGACACUGCUGGCCUGGAUAGAGCGUGGGGAAGUGAACAGACGGACUGCAAACAACUUCUACUCAAUGAUCCAGUCAGUCAACAGCCACAUCCGCCGACUUACAAAUGAGAAAGCAGCCCAUGAAAAGGAAAUGGAAGAAGCAAAGGAGAAGUUCAAGCUUGCACUCUCAGGAAUUCUUGCUCAGUUCGAGCAGAUAGUGGCCGUUUACCAUUCUGCAUCCAAACAAAAGGCUUGGGACCAUUUCACGAAAGCGCAACGUAAGAACAUCAGCGUAUGGUGCAAGCAAGCCGAGGAAAUCCGCAACAUUCAGAAUGAUGAGCUGAUGGGCAUCCGACGAGAAGAGGAAAUGGAAAUGUCUGACGAUGAGACAGAGCCAUCAGAUGCCAAGGAGAUGGAAGAGUCAGCUUUAAUAUCUCAAGCAGAAGCUCUGAAGGAAGAAAAUGACAGCUUAAAAUGUCAGCUUGAUGCCUACAGGAAUGAGGUGGAUCUCUUAAAGCAAGAGCAGGGCAAAGUGGACAGAGAUGAAGACAUAAGCAAAGACCAGAAAUUAAAGAUUCUCCAGCAGGCUUUGCAAGGCAUGCAGCAGCAUCUCCUGAAACUCCAAGAUGAAUGUGACAGAAGAGAUGCUGAACUGGAAAAAGUCAAUGAAGAAAAAGCACAACUUGACAAAUUGCUUGAAAGCCUAAAUGAAAAGCAAGAGCUGGCUGCUGGACCAGAAUGGGGCAAAGACUCCAAUGAUCAAGACCAUGUGAGCUUUGCCAACGACUUUUCACCAGCUUGCUCAGUGUGCCAGGAGAAGGAGAGCACACUUGAGAGAAGAUUCAACGGCAGUCCUAUCAAAUCAGAAAGGGAAGCUUUGCUAGUGGGAAUAAUCUCGACCUUCUUGCACGUUCACCCUUUUGGAGCGAGCAUUGAAUACAUCUGUUCCUACCUCCAGCGCCUUGAUAGCAAGAUUUGUGCUAGUGAAGUGGAAGCCCUCAUGAUGCGACUCCAGCACACUUUCAAGCAGGAGAUGAGUGGUGUUGGAGCAAGCCUUGAAAAAAGGUGGAAAUUCUGUGGCUUUGAUGGACUGAAAACAGCCGCAUGAACUUGAAGCUAAUAGGACUUUGGACCAUGAGUUUUUUUCUGAUUUCUAUCAUUUAUAAUAAAGAGAAAGAUUGCAAGCAGAAAUAGUUGCCAUUUUGCAACAGAAAUGGUUUGUUGGGUGAGUUUACAGCCGCCAGAGAGACCAAACAUUUCUGUUAGAAACUAACCUUCUAACAUUUCAUUUCAGUGCUGUGAUUACUCUGUUUCAUGACUUUUGUUUGGACAGAAUCAGCUAUUUUGGACCUAUCUGUUCUCAUAUGGUUAUGGAAAUUGUGGAAAGACCAAAGCAGCGCUUUUUUCCAGCUGAUUCCAGUUCUGAGGUUUCUCAAGACACUUCCAUUAUCUCCACUGUUGGUGUGUAUGCAGAGGUGGUCCCAGUGGUGGCUAUUGGGUAUGGUAGAGCAGAAGACUGGGAGGCCAAGGGUUGAUCAAGCCAGGGCCAAUGACAGCUGGAGCCAACUAAUUUUGUCCUCAUCUUCCUCCCUGCUGAGUUCUAAAAGGGCAACACUUAAGACUUAAGGGGAAGGAAGCUGACAACCAAGAAGGUAGGCAGGUGGCAGCUGCUUGAGAGCAGACUGAGCUUUGUGGGGCAGUUCUCCAUUUGCCCUAUUGAACCACCCUCCCCAGGGUGCUUACAUUCGCUGCUUUGACCACAUUCUAUGUGUUGAAACUUGGGAACUGUUGUCCUAGCAAAGGUCUGUAAGGGCCAGACUAGAUGACACAUUGGUGGUCCAUGAUCAGAUCAGCUUUCUCUUUAAAUUUUAUUUUAAUAGCCAUUGUGGAAGAAAGGAGAUUGGAAUGUGACUGCAGUGUUACAGUAGAAGGGGGUCUAUUAAAAAUUCAUUCCAUUGUGCUGCUUUCCUGAUUGAAAUCUUCCCUUUCUCCCCUGGAAGCUGCUAUUUGUCAUGGUGAGAAAAUGACAGCUCCUGAGUGGGUAGAGGUUAUAUUGUGGGUAGAGGAUAAAUUAAUAUCCCACCCUUUCUCCCAAAGUUGCCCUGGGGCGGGGGCAAACAUUAAAUAGUAAAUGAAUAAAAUUUUCUUAAAAACAAUUCCUGUACAGAUUUUUUUUAAAAAGUACUACUGUAAUUAAAUACAAAUUAAAGAUGUCAAUGCAGAUUUUAAAAAUAGUGUGGAAGAAAAGUUCAGUCUCUUCCCUCUCCUGGCUCUGCGAUCCCAGUUCAAUUUGGACCCCUCCACAGUUGCUUUUAACAGCUAUUUAGAAGAAAUGGGGGUGGGGUUCUGAUCAUGGAUCUAUGACUUUUCAUCAAGCUUGAUUCUGCAACACUGAAUUCUUUUGCAAAAUUGCUAAGGGUUUUUAACAUGAGUGGUGGCUCUCUUCCAUGUGUGGUAUCGUUGCUACAAUCUGCUGGGUGCUAUUAUUAUUGUUGCAUGCCACCUCCAAUCUCCAAGUGGUGCAAGAUUCCAGGGGGUUCCAGGCGCUUUACGCAGGGUUUGUGUUUCAUUUUGGAAAUGAGGCACAGCAGAGACUGUGGUGCCUUUAGGCUAUAGGGUUUCUUUACAAAUACAUACAAUCUGAGCCUAUGGUGGAUGGGUUUACAGCAUCAACACCCCCAAAAAGGUCUUGCUUCUUCCAUAACCACAGUCUUGGAUCUAAGACAGUCUAACCAUGUUUUCUAUGCGUCUAGCUCACAUUGCUUCUAACUUUUAAAACUUUGGCUUUACUGUAUCUGUUGAGGGAGGGGCCACACCCAUUUUAUAUCUGGUCCUCUGUUUCUUAAUCACCUAUCACCUUAGACAGUGCAACAACACAGGAGAAUAGUCUGAUUUAAUGAGCUUUUGACACUUUGCUGAUUCCAGGGAUUAGAAGUGUUUUAGCACCCAAGCUUGAAUUAUAUUCUAACACUCACUGGAUCCAUGGAUUUUAGAAGUCUAGCACCUAACUUAAAACACAUGUGUCUGGCACCCAGUUUUAACACCCUAAGCAUUAAUUAAAUUCUGAUACUUCUGGCCCAGGAAUUUAGGGGAGUCUGGCACCCACACACUUGUAACAUUUCUUUAUUAAAUU